UUAUAUUUUCUCCAGGUCUAGAUUUAAACUGCUUCCGUCUAGCAGUUGAAUUAACAACUAAAAUAACUCGAUUCAAAAAUUCUUGACCUUUGAACAUACUCUUAAAUAUUCAUCGGAUUCAUAAAUUCUGACAGAAUAAAAGUUUAAAACUGAAACAAAUUUAAUCUCCAUGUCCAUGGGAAAAAAAGUAUGCCGUUGAAAAAAAUAAAAGUCAUAGAACUUGCAGGACUUGCUCCUGCUCCUUUUUGUGGAAUGAUUCUUGCUGACUUUGGUGCUUCAGUCAUUCGUGUAGACAAAACUGGAACAUCUCAACUGGACGUUCUGGCAAACGGGAAAAAGUCAAUAGCUCUUAAUUUAAAAGAAAAAAAAUCCCAAGGAAUAUUUAAAAAACUGUGCGACCAAAGUGAUGUCAUAAUUGAUCCAUUUAGAAAAGGCGUGAUGGAAAAAUUAAAUCUAGGCCCUGAUGAUUUGAUGAAGACAAAUAAAAAAUUAAUAUACGCAAGACUGACGGGGUUUGGGCAAGAUGGUCCCUAUGCUAAAAUGGCUGGUCAUGACAUCAAUUUUCUAGCUCUGUCAGGAUUGCUGUCACUCUUUGGUAGAUCUGAUGACAAACCAUUGCCGCCAGUAAAUUUCGCUGCUGAUUUUGCUGGUGGUGGAUUGAUUUGUGCUCUGGGAAUUAUUUUAGCUCUCUAUGAACGAACGGAGAGCAAACUGGGACAAGUAAUUGAUGCAUCGAUGGUCGAAGGAUCAGCUUACGUCGGCAGUUGGUUGUUUAGAUCAAAGAAUAUUCCUGGACUAUGGGGAAGACCUCGUGGAAAAAAUAUUCUAGAUACUGGGACACAUUUUUACGACACCUACGAGACCUCGGACGGUAAAUAUCUGGCGGUGGGAGCUCUAGAGCCUCAUUUCUACGCGAUCCUGCUGCAAAAGUUGGGUCUUAGUGACGAAGACCUUCCGCAGUUUGAUAAAUUCCAAGAAAAUAAGAAAAGAUUAACGGAAGUAUUCAAAUCCAAGACGCAGAAGGAGUGGACUGAAAUAUUUGACGGCACUGACGCGUGCGUUACUCCAGUUCUUUCGGUCCAGGAGGUCCAUGAGCAUCCGCACAACCAGCAGAGACAGAGUUUUGUUAGAGAAAACAAGACGAUUCUUCCUAAACCUUCGCCGAGGUUAUCUCGGACUCCGGGACAAUCUUCUGCUGGUCUUCCUCAUCCUCUUGCUGGUGAACACUCGCGAGAAAUUUUACGCGAGUACGGAUUCAAUGACAAUGACAUUAAUGAAUUUAUUCAGUCGGGAAUUGUGCAGCAGGUUCACAGAUCUAAGCUUUAAUUGUUUUUUUUUUUACUAUUUUAUAUAUUUUUAAUAAAUUUUAUAUCUUUCUGUUAAAU